GUUUUAUUACCACAAGCCAAACCACAUGUAAUCUAAUUUUCCCUGCAUCAUCUCAACCACCGCCAUGGCACGACCAACUCCGACCUCUCUGCAUUUGCUCUUCCUCGGGAUCUUGAUCCUUUCCUCAGGAAACAUAUUAUCAGACUGUGCAAGAGUUUUCACGAUAACUAACGAUUGUGACGAGACAAUAUGGCCUGCCAUAACCCCCGGUGAGAGCUUUGGUGGUGGAGGAUACGCCCUAAAAUCCAAAGAAUCCAGAGUCCACACAGCACCCGUCGGUUGGUCAGGUCGGAUAUGGGGUAGAACCAAAUGCAGCUUCGACAGCUCCGGCAAUGGAACAUGCCUUACCGGCCGAUGUGGCUCAUCACUCCAGUGCACCGCCUCCGGCGAGAACCCAUCUACGCUUGCUGAGCUCACCCUCACCCGACUGGAAUUUUACGACGUUAGUCUUGUUGACGGCUUUAACCUGCCAAUGUCUAUUAGGCCCGUUAAUGGUAAGGGAAACUGUAGCGUUGCUGGAUGCGUUGGCGACUUGCGCCAAAAGUGCCCUUCGGAGCUUUCUGUUAAGGCUGGUGGUAAGGUUGUGGCUUGCCGAAGUGCUUGUGAUGUGUUUAACACUGAUGAGUAUUGUUGUCGGGGUAUUUAUGGGAGCGCGGCCACGUGCAAACCAACGUAUUACUCGAAGAAAUUUAAGAAUGCUUGUCCUACUUCGUAUAGUUAUGUGUACGACGAUCCAUCAAGUAUUUUCACUUGUACAGGAGCCGAUUACAUUAUCACGUUUUGCGCAUCGAAGUAGGUUUUUCCUCUAUGGUUGUAAUACGUAUAUGCACGCUUAUCAUAUUAUAUGGUUGCUAACUAGUAGUAUAAUUUUCAUUCGAUUUCUGGAACCGGCCUCAAUGCACAUAUCACGACAAUAAGUUGACUGGCAGCGGAUCUGCGAAGGGUUUCUUUCAGAAUUGGAUAUUGAGUACGAUGAUGGCUUUGAUAGUCGGUUGUUUGUCGGUGAUGCUAUAAUAAGUCGGGAUUUUAUGUUGUUUUUAUCGGUUAUCCUUUUUUCCACAGAAGUUUAUAACUUGUGUCUUCUUUUUUCAUCGUAACUAAUGUUGAAAAUUAUUUGUUUAAUAUCCAAUAUACUUUGGUAAA